AUGGAACUAUGCGGGGCGCUGUUGCUAGCCAGAUUGCUAGAGAAGGUACAAAAUACUCUCUCCACAAAAGAACUUAACUUCACUUGCUGGAGUGACUCAAAGGUCGCUUUAGCCUGGUUGCAGGGCGAUACAAAUCGAUGGGAGAAAUAUGUAGCAAACAGAGUGGCACAGAUAAACAAAAUUAUACCAGCAAACUGCUGGCACCACGUCAAGUCAGAAGAGAAUCCUGCUGACUGUGCAACUAGAGGGCUCACACCCGCUCAGCUCCUACACUUUAAGCUUUGGUGGAAUGGACCAGAUUGGCUAAGCGCUAGCAAUAUUCAUCAAGAAAAGCUCAUGACCUACACAACAGAAACUGAGUUGAAAAAGGCAAACUGCUGUGCAAUAACAUACAACAGUUGUCAAGUAAUUGAUACAUUACUGAAUCGAAACAGUAAUUAUAAACGUGUAAUACGAGUGCUGGGUUGGAUUUUACGACUAAGCAACAUUGGUAAACAAAGGCGCUCACUGAACUCAAAGAAUAAAUUAGACGAGCGCGCUAACAACGAGGUGUUUAAGUGUUUAUCACCAGAAGACAUUAUGAGAGCAACAGAAUUAAUCAUCAAAAACACGCAAAACGGAUACUAUGGCAACGAAAUUGAUUGUUUAAAGAAAAAUCGAUCAAUAUCCACAAAAAGCAGUUUACUCAAGUUAUCCCCAUUCCUUGACAACAGUGGCAUACUGCGUGUGAGAGGGCGAUUAGGCUAUUCAACAUUAUCGCCCGAUGCGAAACAUCCGAUCAUUCUUCCGGCCACAGGCAGAUUGACGGAGCUUAUUAUCAGAGACUCUCAUCGCGACACUCUCCACGGAGGCGCCCGGCUCACUUUGGCUCAUUUACGUCAGAAGUUUUGGGUCAUUGGGGGUAGUAGAACAGUCAAAAGGGAACUGCGACAAUGCCUUCGAUGUCAUCGCUUCAAACCAAAUCGAAACAUCCAGCUGAUGGCAGACCUACCCAAGGAGCGUGUAACACCAUCAAGACCGUUCACGAACAAGGGUGUGGACUAUACGGGUCAAGUUGAUGUGAAAAUCAACAAAGGAAGAGGAAUUAAGACUU